AUGUCUGACCAGAGAUUUGCUCAAAUUUUGGAAGCUAUCAAUUCAUUGAGAGUAGAUAUUUCCUCCAAAAUUGAUGCUACUAAUGCUAUUUUGGCUGAACACUCGGAAAAACUGAAGGUUCAUUCCAAAGUUCUCGAAGAUGCUUCUCUAAUGGCUGCCAAACUUCAAAAGGAAAUUAUUGAAGAAGAAAAGAAGGAAGAAAAGGAUAACGAAGAAAUUGUUUUUGAAAAGAAAGAAGAAGAAUUUAAAUUCGAUGAUGCUAAAUUCGAACAAGCUGAUGCCGGUGCCAAUCAAUUAGCUGCCGAUACCAAAGCUAGUGUUGCUGAACCAGCUUUUUCUGUUAAUACACUAGAGGAACGUAUAAAUCAUAUGAAAAGAGAACUCCAGAAUAUAGUACAACAGGAAAAGUAUCUUUUGACUGCUUCCCCAGAAGACAAAAAUUCCUACCUGGUUAAACUAGAAGAGGUCAGGGCUAACGUUCCAACUCUUAUCUUGGAUUCAAAUGAUCCUAGAUUAUUAACUUGCAAGCGUCCUCUAUCUGACGUGUCAAUGGGUAGCAUUUCUCCUGAAAUGGAUAUCAAUGCUCCUUAUGGGGUCGAUGUUAGCUCUCCACUGAGGUAUAUCCAGGCCCAGUUAAUCGCCAAGCGUGUUCAAUUUGAGGAUUGGUCCUGCUUUCUGCACCUUUGUUGUUCCAAUUUGUCACUUUAUGUUUUGAAGGAUUUUUACGACUUCUUUCCAACGUGGAUACAAUGUGUCGUUGCGUUCUACAUGUACAUUGAUUUUCCUGCUUUUAAUACAAAAAAGUACAGAGAAUUGAAACAUGUACAACCUUCAAUUUUCCCUGAUUUUUUCAUUAAAUCAAUCAAUACUAAUUUAAAUAAAGAAGAUGCAUUAUCUUUUGUCGGUUCAAGAUUAGACCUGGCUACAACAUCUGUACCUGUAGUACAAAGAUUACAAUUAGUCCCAGCUUUCCCUAUUGACGAAAGAGGAUUUGUCAAUUUUGCAAGGUUGACUUUUCAACAUUUGCAAACACUUGAUUAUCAUGCGGACAAGUUCUGCUCUGAAUUUGAAUACGUGUAUUACUCAGUUGUAAUGCUCCGUGCCCAGCAAGUUUCAAGAUACGGUUUGAACAAUAUAUUAAAUGUUGCUCCCAAAGAAGCUCAAGAAUUUGUCAAUAUGAUGGCAGGCCAUAAGUAA